CAUGUUGACAACAUAUUCCUAUUCGUUUCUGUUCUAACUCGCAGGUUUGAAAGGUCUUCGUGGUCUUGGUCACAUCCGUACCGCAACAGGGUCCAUUCUUCUCUACUCCUGUCUUUAUCUUCUUCUUCUCUCUCUCUUCCUAACGCGCAUGUUAUUUUCUAUAUUUUCUAUCUUCCACACCAGCUUCUUUCUGUUCCCAUUUCUGUUUAUUUUCCCUUCAAUUUCCUUCACUUCACGGAAAAGUUUUCUCUCACUCUCUUAAUCUUUUCCCACCUAGUGAUCACUGUCACCCUUCAUUUCCUCUUUAUACUUUUGGUUUUCUUCAUAUAUAAUUCACCACAAGUUCCAAUUUUCCCAUCUGGGUCUCACUUUUUUGAUUCUGUUUCUGUUCUGUUUUUCCCCUGAGUUUUUUCCAGCAUCAUAACUUGAUGAUCAGAAAAUGAAGUGUUUCUUCUUCAAAGAGAAGUGCAAAUCUGCUCCAGAGUUGCAGAACCGGAGCAAGAAGAAGAACCCUGCUGGGAACCGGGCUGCAAACUCCACUGGCUCUGUAUCAUCUGUGAAGAGUGUGACUGACUUGUACAGAGAGAAAGAGCAUAAUUUCAGGGUGUUUGAUUGGAAGGAGCUAAGAGAUGCCACAAAUGGUUUCAAUAGAAUGUUGAAGAUCGGAGAAGGGGGUUUUGGGAGUGUGUAUAAAGGAUCUAUCAAGCCUCCAGAUGGAGAAAGUGGUGAUCCAAUUGUAGUUGCCAUCAAAAGGCUUAACACACAAGGCUUCCAGGGUCAUAAAGAAUGGCUUGCAGAAGUUCAAUUUCUCAGCAUUGUGAAUCACCCAAAUUUGGUAAAGCUUUUGGGAUUCUGCUCUGUAGAUGGAGAAAGAGGGAUCCAAAGGCUGUUGGUGUAUGAGUACAUGCCCAACAGGAGCUUGGAACACCACCUUUUCAAUAAAACUUUGCCUACCAUGCCUUGGAAAACAAGAUUGGAGAUCAUGCUUGGUGCUGCUCAAGGAUUAGCUUAUCUACAUGAGGAAUUGGAGAUUCAGGUGAUCUACAGAGAUUUUAAAUGUUCAAACGUUCUAUUGGAUGCGGAUUUCCACCCGAAGCUCUCAGACUUCGGUCUUGCUAGAGAAGGGCCACAAGGUGAUCACACUCAUGUAUCUACUGCGGUAGUUGGGACACAAGGAUACGCUGCGCCAGAGUAUAUUGAAACAGGUCAUCUCAAAGUUCAGAGUGACAUGUGGAGUUUUGGUGUUGUACUCUAUGAGAUCCUCACCGGAAGACGGUCAUUGGAAAGAAACCGUCCAACCGCUGAGCAAAAGCUACUAGAUUGGGUCAAACUGUACCCUGCUGACAGCAGCAGAUUCACCAUGAUCAUGGAUCCGCGUCUCAGGAACCAGUAUUCUCUUGGCGCCGCCCGCAAAAUAGCCAAGUUGGCAGAUAGCUGCUUAAAGAAGAACCCUGAAGAUAGACCACCCAUGAGUCAGAUUGUGGAAAGCUUGAAGCAAGCAUUGCAAUUUUCAGAAACAUCAAACACUUCACAAGAUAUUGGCGAGUCCUCUCGGUCUAAAUUGGUUAGAAAAGGUAAAUAGAUGGUCUACUUGUAUGUUUUGAAAAGUCAUUCUACCGUCAGCUCAAAUCAAUGUUGAGGAGAAGGUUGUGUGAAUAACUUCUAAGUGUCAUAAUUGAUUAUGAGUAAACAUAAGCUGAUUCAAACAUGCUACAUGAAACAACAUGGUGAGUUUUUUUGGAGGGCCAAGAACUAGGAAACUUGUCACUUAAACAUGAGUUGAAUAGAUCAUCUAUGUACCAUGAAGCAGUUCUGGUCAAACUUGCCUUGGGAGUUAAGUUUUGAGGAUUUUUUCCUAUGGAGUUUGAACUUUCUAAUUAGUUCGGCCUAGUUCCAAACCAUGUGCUUUGUAUACUUUGUCACCCAUUGGUUCGUAAUGUAAAGUUUAUAUAUGAUGAUA